AUGCAUCAAAGGAAACACCAAAAUGAAAAUCAGCAAAUGAAUCAUACUAAAAUAAGCUAUAUGUCAAAACUGAGGGAUGAAGUAAGAAGUGGUUUGGCUUCAGGUGAAAACCGUUGUUUAAAUCUGUCUGGCAUUUGCAGAAGAGACAUCUGCAAAUUAACAGAGGACCAGAUUGGUGCCUGCAGAAGAAGAUGGAGAUGCUGCAGAUCAUGGUGGAUUCUUAUACCAAUUCCAACACCACUUGUCUAUUCAGAUUAUCAAGAACCCCUUAAGCAUAAGUUGAAAUGA